GCAGUGGAAAUAUGCAGGCCCUUAUUAUGUAGAAAACCAGAAGAAAACAAUUAGCAAUGGCAAGAAACGAGAGUAAAAUCCUUAUAAUUGGAGGAACAGGUUACAUUGGCAGCUAUAUGGUGAAGGCCAGCAUCAAAUUAGGCCAUCCCACUUAUGUUUACUCAAGGCCAAACUCCUCCAAGAAAGAAUCGCUUAACGAGUUUGAGUCGAUGGGCGCUCUUAUUGUCAAAGGAGAGUUACAGGAUCAUGAGAAGCUUGUUUCAGUGAUUAGGGAAGUAGAUGUGGUGAUCUCUGCAGUAGCUUAUCCUCAAGUUCUUGAUCAACUCAACAUCAUAGAGGCUAUCAAGGUUGCUGGUGGCAUAAAGAGGUUUCUUCCAUCAGAUUUCGGCUGCGAAGAGGACAGAAUCAGUGUGCUGCCUCCAUUCCAAGCAUUCCUUGACAAGAAGAAGAAAAUCAGAAGGGCAAUAGAGCAAGCAAAUAUUCCAUACACUUUUGUGUCUGCGAAUUGCUUUGGUGCAUAUUUCAUAAAUUACUUGCUUCAUCCACAUGAACUAAAGGAGGAGAUAACUGUAUAUGGCAGUGGUCAGGCCAAAGCUGUGCUGAAUUUUGAAGAAGAUAUUGGAAUUUAUACUAUAAAAGUGGCAACUGAUCCAAGGGCAUGCAAUCGGGUUGUUUUAUAUCGGCCUCCAACCAACAUUAUAUCGCAGCUGGAAUUGAUCUCUUUAUGGGAGAAGAAAACUGGUCGGACUUUCAAGAAAAUUCAUGUCCCUGAGGAAAAAAUUGUCACUCUUUCAAAGACUUUACCCGAUCCAAAUAAUAUACCAGUCUCCAUCCUUCACAGUGUCUUCAUAAAGGGAGUUACAAUGAAUUUUGAUCUUGGAGAGAAUGAUAUUGAAGCUUCACUGCUCUAUCCAGACAUUAAGUUCACUACAGUUGAUGAUCUUCUUGACGUUUUCUUGCGCAACCCACCAAAGCCCGCUUCUGCUGCAUUUGAAUGAGCCUUAAAGAAUGAUGUACUCUGAAUAUGAACAUGGAAAGGGACCGCUUUAUUCCUUUUUAGUUAUUGCCCAUAUAGCUUCUAUGUUAACGUUAGAUUCUUAUUUUAAUAUGGGAAUUUUUUUAUAGAUGUCACAAAAUUUGAAAGUGCGAUGAACUGUAGUGAACUUGGAGAACUUUUUUGGGUGCAUUUAAUGCUCAUUGAUGCCAUGAUUUGAUAU